CUUCGUUUUAGAAGCCAUGGCUGCUCAGUGUCGAAGUUUCUUCGAUGAUGUCAAAAAAGAAUUAGAAUGUUGUGUUUGCCAAGAGCAAUUUGACGAGAACAACGAGCCUAGAAUACUCAAAUGUCUCCAUACUUUCUGUAAAUCAUGUCUGGAACGGUGGUUACGACAACAAGGUGGAAAGCAGUUGAGUUGUCCUACAUGCCGUCAAAUCACUGAAUGUCCCAACAACAACAUCAACAGCCUUCCAUCAAAUCUAUUUUACAAGCAAAUGGUGGGAAUCGUUGAGGCUUACAGCGGAAACAGGCAAAAAGAUUCGCCACAGUGUGGAAGCUGCGAUGAAAGAAAGCCACUUAAGUUUUACUGCUCGGAGUGUAAUUGCUUCCUCUGUGAAGAAUGCUCAAUGGCUCAUAAAAAAUUGAAAGUGUUUAGUGGCCACUACGUCAAAGAAAUUGGAAAUUUUGUGUCUAGCGACGCACAAGAUUACUUUCGGAAACUGAACGUUUGUAAAGAACACAAAGAUCAAGUUAGAUUUUACUGCAAUCAGUGUGUAACAUGCAUUUGUCGUGACUGCGCCAUCUUGGAACACCGAGAUCACAACUUUGUGUCCAUUGACAAAGGACUGGACAGGAAGAGAUCAGAAAUCGAGACAAAAAUGGGAAACGUUCUGGAAAAUGGCUCUAGACUACGAAAGAAAAAAGAAUUCUUAGAAGAACAACGGAUGAGAAUGAGCAAAAGCAUCGAAAAAGCGAAAGACGAAGUGCAUCGAGUCGCUAAACGCAACAUAGCGUUAAUUCGACAACACGAAUCAAGCGUGACGGAACAACUCAACAAGCAGAGAGAUGUUUUCGAAGCUGAAUUUUUAAAUGCUGUAUUCCGAAUGGACGAAAAACUUACUGAUAUAGGGAGCGGUUUGGAAUUUUGCAACAACGUUCUUCGACGAAAUAAUCUGCCGGAGAUCUUAAACGUGGAAGAAAUACUUGAGCAACGGUUUAAGGAACUUUCUAAGCCUUCUGAUGUAAACAUGGAGUUAAAUUAUUUUGAAGUCAAGUAUGUUCCAAACGAUUUUUCGUCAGUGAAAGAAUCACUAGGGAAGCUGUUUAAAACCAAAACGGUACCUUCCUUAUCAGAGGCAGAGGGUAAAGGGCUGACCGAAGGCUCUCAAGGUGAAAACUGUACUUUUACAGUGAUCGCGAAAGACUCACGUGGUAAUAGAACGUACAGUGAAAUAGAUGAGGUCAUUGUCGACAUUAAAUCGCCGAAGUCGGGAGCGGCCUUAAAGGUCAACAUAAGAGACUCGCAUGACGGCUGUUACGAAGUAACAUACAGACCCGAAACUACUGGAGAAUUCAACAUGUCCAUAACUAUUGCGGGUGAAGCCAUCAGAGGGAGUCCCUUUCGCAUAAAAGUGGAUAAAGGUAAACCAUUUUCUUAUGAGUCAGGUCAAAAAGUAAAAGAAUUCGUGCCAUCAGCUAUUGCAAAAUGGUGCAAUUCCUGUGGAGAGCAAAGACAAUACUGUCAUAUUUUUUGUGGCGAUUGCGGAAGAAGAUUGCAGAUACGUUAA